AAUACCACUCGCAGUUUUAUCUUUUCAUUGGGCGCUGGAUUAAAUACAAAAGAUGCAAUACUAAGUCGUGUUAUUGUGCGACAAAGUUCAUUUGCAAUUUGUGAUUACGGAGUGGGAAAUUUGGAAGAUUCUGUUGGGUUUGGUGCUGGUGAUCUUCCUUUGUUCGGAUUUAAAUCGAAACGAGCGUCUUAUCAAAGACAAGUGAUCUCAUCACAAUCAUUUAAUAUCUCCGAAUUCGAAGUUUUUCAAGUCACUAGACGAAUUGAUAGUUCUCCUUAA